AUGCCUGAACAACGUAAUCUAACGUCGAUGAAAAUAUCUCGUUCAGCUAUAUUAUAUCACUGGAAUAACGGCGAACGAUCUCCGGAAACAAUUGCUCGUAUGACAAAGAUUCCACUUCGAACUAUUAAAUAUAAUAUUGCCAAGAUCAAAGAACAAGGUACAAUCGAGGACAGAUCGCGUUCUGGUCGACCUCGUAAAAUGACAGCUAAUGAUAACCAAGCGCUGGGCCUAUGGAUUCGACGGAAUAAUGAGAUAAUGUCACAAGAAUUAGCAGAAAAACUACUUCGUGACCGAGAUCUGAACGUAUCCCGAUGGACCGUGCGACGUCAUCUCCAACGACUUGGUUAUAAAAGUACUUUGCCUCACGGUACACCAAUGUUGACUUCAGAACAAAAGGAUGCACGUGUUCAAUGGGCAAUUGAACACCAAAACGAUGACUGGAGCAGAACGAUAUUUACCGACGAAACCUGCUACCAAUUGUUUCAUAAUACUGUUCGUCGAUGGUCAAGAAAUCCGAAAUCUGAAGUCAAGCGAAUUCCAAAGAACAGACAGAAGAUUAUGGCGUGGGGAGGGUUUAGUAUCAAGGGUCUCGUGGGAUUUCAUUCGUUCAAUACAAUAGUGGAUGGCCCGUACUAUGUUCAAAUUCUUCAAGAUCAUCUCAUUCGCAAUGCUAGAAAGCAAUUUGGCGGACGAUGGCGACUACAACAGGAUAAUGAUCCGAAGCAUAGAAGUCGAGUGGCUCAACAAUUCAUGUCGAAAGAAGUGCCUGAAAUGCUCAACUGGCCAUCAAAUAGCCCGGAUGUUAAUCCAGUGGAAAACCUCUGGUCCAUCAUCAAGCAUCGUGUCGAGAAACGAAAACCAACAAAUCUUCAAGAAUUAGAUCUAUUUUUGCAUCAAGAAUGGAUCAAAACUGACAUGUCCGUCCUAAAUCAUUUGGGAAAUUCCAUGAAAUCACGAUGUUUAGCUCUGAUUGAAACGAAAGGAGAAAGAAUCAACUAUUAA